GGAAAACGAAAGUUAAAACUGAAACUUAAAUCCGACUUGCUGCUUCGCAUAAGGGCGUUGUUCAAAUAUUUGGUAAGAUCUGAGUUCGCGCAUAAAUAGGGUUAUAUUUUACAGACACGUGUGUUUGUAAAUUGUAGUUCCAGCUCAGCAGAGUCCAGCUGCUCCAGGCUCAGGAUGGAUUCACAAUAUCUCGUCUUCUGGCUCAAAGUUUCUCUUUGUGUGUGGCUCAGUGACGCUGCGCCAGAAAACUUUGUGGUGUCUGUGGAUUCCAACGUGUCGGUCCACACCACGCAGACUGCAGUUUUACCAUGCUGGCUCAGUCCACAACAGAGCGCUGAAGACAUGGAGGUCAACUGGUUUCAUCGUGACAAAUUUGACGCUCCCAUUAUGCAGUACAAGGACAAGGCAAGUGUCCCUCUGCAAACUUACAGUGGCAGAGUUUCAUUUGGCCAGAAGCAUGCCUCCUCAACGGGUUUGAAGGAAGGAGACGUGACCCUUAAACUGGAAAAAGUCACAGUUGAGGAUGAAGGAAAAUACACGUGUUAUGUUAGCAGUGACAAGCAUCACGACAGGGCAAGUUUCAACCUCAUUGUGAAACAACUUGGAGCGUCACCUUUGCUGACACCAGUCGUGAAGGAAAACAACCAAAUCAAUGUGAGCUGUGAGUCGGACGGCUGGUACCCCGAGCCUCAGCUGCAGUGGUCCAGUGGUAAUACGCCGCUCACCCCUGAAGAUCUGGUCUACAGAAAAGCCUCGUCUGGCCUCUUUUCGGUCCACAGUUGGAUGAUUGUGCCCAGCUCCUCUGCACUGUCUUGUUCUGUGGGUUUACCUGGAGAAAAACUCAUGCAGGGAAAAAUUGACUUGAAUAACAUCAUUCCUCCAAAAAAAGAAGAUUCAGGGUCUUCAGGUGCAGGAUGGGUGCUAUUUGCAAUUACAUUAAUCGGACUUAUUGCCACACUGGGAUAUUUUUUGUUCAAGAAAUAUAGAGGUUCAGUUUCUAAACCUGCCAGUGCUGAAGAUCCAGGCGAAUCUCAGAAACUUCUUUCCACAGUUGUGAUAUCAGAUCUGGAUACAGCUAAAACACAUUAUGAGAACAUUGAGAUUGAGAAGAGUGAUAAUACAUAUGUUAUAGUAAAAGGGAAUGUACUGAGAGAUAAUGGAGACGUUCAUUUUCCUGAUGGAGACAGAGUCACCUGUAUCACAGCUGUCAGAGGAACACCUGGAUUCACUUCUGGGAAGCACUACUGGGAAGUCUCUCUGGACAUAACUGGAAAUGCAACUAUUCCCCCCAAAACGUCCUGGUGGAUUGGUGUAACAAGUCACUCACAGAUCCCCAAAGACCGUGAUCUUCCUCCAACAUUUGGUAAUGGUUUUUGGAUCCUUUCCUCUUCUCCUGAUGAAGCUGGAGUCUUAAAAUUCGGUUCAAAUCCUGAGAUUUUAAUCCCGAUUCAAGUCCAACCAAAAAGGGUUGGUGUGUUUUUAGAUUAUGACGGUGAAACACUCACAUUCUACAAUGUGCAAAAUAAAAGUCUCAUUGGCUGUUUCUGCACCAAAUUUUCAGGAGAGGUGUUUCCUCUUUUCAAUCCAGGUAAAGGGGACAAAGCGCCAAUGAAGAUUAUACACCUGGACAAAAGCUCUGAAAAUGAGACUAAUAAUGUUUCAUAAAUCCAAUCAGAAUCCACCUCAAAAUCCCUCAGCAAGUUAAAAUGUACAGUUUUGGUGUCAUUGUCUAAUCUAAUGAUCAAAAGUGUUAAAUCCAGUGGCUCUUUUUUAUUAUGAUACGAUAAAUAAACCUUGUCUAGUAUGUAUACUUUAGUUAUAAUGUUUAGGAUUAGGACAUACCUGGACUGAGGGAUUACACUGGUUAGGAUUAUCUUCACAGAUUUUUUACAUACACAUUUAUAUAAAAAGUAAAACCAUGAAAGCCACUUAUUUUACUUUUGUUAUUUUAUGUGCGGUAGUCGAAAACGUGUUGCCGCAAAGACAGAUCUCUCUCUUUUAUACAGAUUGAUAUUAGUCUGGUCCCACGUCCUUAAACCCGUCAAACCUGAUCGUCCAAUCAGAUCAGUUUAUUCCAGUGACACAUGUGAAAUGAAGGAGCUCAUUGGUCGUCUAUGAUUUACAAAUAAAAUCUAAUUUAUCUCACCUCAGAUUAACAGAGUUUAGACUUCGGUCAUUGAUUCUGUAGAAAUCCACCAUGUUUUCAGCCCCGUGAUAUUUUUUCUUUAUUUUUUCCGAUAUGGACGGUCCAGUCCCACAGAUGAACACUGUUGUGUCCUUGGGCAAGACACUUAACCCGCCUCGCCCCUAGUGUCUGUGUGCACUGGUGUGUGAAUGUGUGAGUGAUUCCUUAAAUGCAUUCAAGAUGGAAAAGCGCGAUGUAAAAUUCUGACCAUUUACCAUUUACCAUGCAUGUCUCUGAUUGGCUAAUCCACCUGUCAAUCACGCCCAUUUGAAAACGAGGGGAUUCACCAGUGACCAGACUCACAUGUUCAUAAAGUAUGAAACAAGUGUGUGUUCUGGAUCACAGGGAAUAAAACCUGUGCACUCUACAAAAUACUUACCGUAAAUUUGGGACUAUAGAGCGCUCCUGAAUAUAAGCCGCAGGUUUUCAUAUUGUAACGCGAGAUAUUUACGCAGAAAGACACUACACGGACACGCUUUUUUAAAAACUGUGCCUGAAAAUUGGCACCGACACGACAUCAACACAGGAUGAAUAUACCUGCAGGUUUAGGAAAUAAAGCUGCACCAACACGGGGCCUCUGCUUUUAUUUCCUUUUGUCGUCUUUUUACGUUGACCAAGUUGGAUUCAUCGAUGUCGAGCUCACGUGCAGUGGCUCUAUUUCCUUCUUUAAUGGUCAAACUUACGUGCAGUGGCUCUAUUUCCUUCUUUAAUGGUCAAACGUACGUGCAGUGGCUCUAUUUCCUUCUUUAUCUUAAAAACUGCAUCGUGUCCAUUUCUUCGUGUGUUUUCCAUGAAGCGCAAAAUGACAGCUCAAAAUCAAAACUAGUGAAUUCUUCAGAGCAUAAUCUUUCCCCACGUCUGUCUCACUUUUACGUUUACAGCUAGAGAGCGCCCCCCGGUGGCUCCAGUAAAAUUCUAUAAAUACUGCACUGUUGUAUCGGCCGCAGGGUUCAAAGCGUGGGAGAAAAAGUCGCGGCUUAUAGUCCAAAAUUUACGGUAUACUAACGAUAAGAGUUUGCAGUUGGUCGACUAAUCGUUUUAUUUAGAUAUAAUAAGUAUUUCUAUGGGGCAACAGGAGAAAAGAAAAAAAAAAGUGAGUGAGUGAGCUGAAGAUUAGAUUUUUGUUUAAUAUAUUUAUGUGUAAAAAGUCAGAUUAAACUCAUGAUUUAAUGGUUUAAUCUGUUUUUUAUCUAAGUGCAUUGUUUCCUCGUGCUGUUUUCUGUAUAAAAAGCUGUUUUUGCUUGACUCUGGUGCUGUUGUGUCUUGUGCUGUCAGUGCAGUUUGGGUCAGAUACAUAAACACGCAGUCGUUUUGAGCGCUUUUGCCCCGCCCCCUCGUUUAGCGAAUAAUCGAUGGGCAGGACAAGUUUUCUGAAGUCGAAAGCCGUACUUUAAGGUGCACUGUGGAACAUUUGUCCACAUGGAAAUGCUACAGCUUUGUCUAGAACGUUCCGCAGUAUAAACGAAAUCCGUCCAUCCCAACGGAGACAAGCACGACGCUACGUUACAGUUCAGAUCUGUGGAGCGUCGCCCGUAUUCACAGAAGGAAUCAAUGUAUUUUUAAGCAGCAAACGCCCGUAAUGAACCAAUUCCAGAUGGAUAUGUUUAAUGUCGUACCGUGAAACAUUCCAGGCAAAGCAAUAACAUCUCCAUGGAGACAAGUAGGUCGUGAAUCUCCAGAAAAGUUACGCAGUGCACCUUAAAUAGUCCAGUCUGAAUGAAGUCUUGGAUCGAUAAAUGCUCAUAAUUCUCUCAAUUAUGGAGCCUACAAAAAGAUCAACGUCUUCUCUGUCAGCAGAAUUGUACAUAUAUCUAUAUUUUUUAUUUCAUUUGAAGGAUUGUAAGACGUAAGUUUAAUGUGACAAAUUUGUGCUGCCUCUUCUUAACACAUAUAAGGUUAAACACCGGCUGAUCAUGAUGUUUUGAACGUGUCUCUUAGUGUCAGAGAUGUAAGAGGAAAAAGGGUCACAGACAGUUAUUUUGAUUGUAUCCUGUAAAAAAGUUUGAUUUUUUGUAUGUACUUUCAUUUUGUGUGAUGAACUAACAAUGUAAUUAAGUGUGUCAUGAUUAUUAUUAUAUCGACGGUUUGUUCAAUAUGUGAUUAGAUGGAAUAGUAAUGUUUGGGAGUCAGUUUAUCGUGGACUCGUUUAGUUUGUUCUGCAGUUGUUAUUUUUCUGUUGUAUGAGAUUUGAGCUGUAGAUGUUUGAAAAUAUAACUUGGUUGAAUCAUUAUCGAUACAAACCAACUCUUUUUACUUUUAUCCAGCUUUAGGAUUAUUGUGUCAGUGAUAUUUAGUUUUAAUAUUAACAUUUGUCGUUAAAACUGGAAGUACAUUUCAUCAUUCUAAUACAUUUUAUAUAGUUUUGUUUUAUAGUGCUGUUUUUGCAGUUUGUUUUUUGCCUGUUUCUAUAAAUAAACAAAAUAUUGCCAUGUUCUUGUCCAUUUGGUUUAAAGUCAGAAAUCCAGUUUGAAAAAACAUUAAAUAAUGUCAUACAUUUUAAUAAGUACAGGUAGCAUUUACAUUAUAUACACCAUUACACAAUACUGACUUUAUAACAAGUUUUCAUGUAUUUACACUGUGAAUGUGAACAUAUGUUGCAACAAAUAAAGAAAUGAUAUACA